CCACAAGCAAGCAAGCAAGCACACAAGCAACAACCACAACUGGCAUAGCAACAGCCUAUAUCCAAGCUACCUCGCUAGCCAUGGAGCUCCUGCGAAGCAUCGCCGUCCUCCUACUCCUCUCGUGCUCCCUGGCAGCAGCGACAGCGCCGGCGGGCACCCUGGAGCGCGUGUCCAAGCAGCAGAUCCUAGCCAGCAUCCCACCGGGAGGACACGCCAGCCCGCCCGUGCCGUUCCUGACGUCGCCGUCCGGCAAGUACGCCGCCUACUUCGUGCGCACCCACACCGUCCCCGGCGCCGGCGGUCUCGGCGCCGACUUCUGCUACGUGGAGGUCACAAUGUCCGCCCACGGGGGCUCCGAGGGCGCCGCUGGCAUCGGCACGAGCGUGUGGGAGUCGGAGUGCCGCCCCGUGAGCACGGUGAACACGUGCACGCUGCUCUUCUCUUGGCACGGCCUCGAGGUGUUCGACGGCAGCGAGGAGGUGUGGCACGGCGAGACCAACACGGACGGCACCAACUUCCUCCAGACGCUCGAGCUCGUGGACGACGGCGACAUGCGCGUCCGCGACAAGGACGGCGAGCUCGCCUGGCGCGCCAGCGACGAGCCGCGCCACGCGCAGCGCUGCGGCGCGCCGGGAUCCCCCGGUCUCGCCGCCGCGCUCCCGCCCUUCGCGGAGCCCAUCGGCGCGCACAGCAGCAGCCUGCCCUUCGGCCAGGAGGAAGGCGGCAACGGCCACGCGGCGCAGCUCCCGCAGGCGGCGGAGCUCGGUGACGGAUCAGUGGCCCCGUGGGCAGGCGGCGCCGUGGGAGCUGCGCCGGUGGCUGCAGGCGCCUUGGGCGAUGGCUAUGGAGCUGCACCGGCGGCAGGAGUGGCACCAGGGGAAGGAUUGGGCGACGGCUAUGGAAUUGCACCGGCCGCGGCCGGGGUAGGAAACUAUGGUGGCGCCGGGGCCGUGGGCGUGGCUGGACAGGGUGGUGCCGUGGGAUCGGCAGGGUUCGGGAGCCAGCCGCUGGUGGACAACAGCCCUUAUGACAGUGCGGCCUGGAAGGACGGUCGUGGGGCCCAUCUGUCGGCCAUUGGAUUUGCGGUGUUUGUUAGCGCCGCGCUUGGUGCUAUGGCUGUGGGUCUCUGAUCGGAGCACGAAGACGGUGCUCUAUAUAUCUGGUAAUUUGUGGGUGUGUGUUUUCCUGUAUUUACCCAUGUGUUGUAACUUCUAAGAGUGGGCAAGUUGGUGUUGUAUGUGUGAUUUGAGUAAAUUAAUCUCAAAUUUGAAUGGAUAUUAUUGCAUCAUAUUUUAUCGGUUCA